UGCCACCACAUCAACCCUUUCCUUGCUGGAAUGACCCCAGUGGAUAUGCCGGAUAUGUUCCUAUGCACCAAUUUUUUCGAUGUUUUUAUAACUCGCUCAUUGAAUGACAUGCUGCGGAGAUGGACCAACAUAUGGCCAUGCAGUCUGCUGAAACACUCAGUCAUGACCAUAGCUUUAAGAACAGGUGACAGGCAUUCUCAGUAAAGUCAAUGGUGUGGCAACAUUUGGUGCCCUCCAUACUGCCUGCAAUGACUAUGGCGAGUGUCGCAAGAUGACACUCACGCCAACAAAGGGACAUGAUGACUGUAUGCCUGCCCUUGCCAAGAUUCCUGUGACACUUGCGAAAUAUGGGCAUGCACCUGUCAAGAUUCUAUUCAUGGACAAUGUCCACGGUGAUAAGUCAGCCCUCGAGAGAGCAUUUCCUAGUCUUCUCUACAGUGUAAAUCCUGUUCCGAGUUCGGGAUUGGAGGAUUUAGUAGUACCUGAUGGUUGGCAUGUAUGUCAUCUUGGGACAACCUAUCAGAUCAAUAACCGAAUGAAUUGCCUCAUGGAUGAGCUACAAGUUGAUGCGGAAAAGGAGCUGCAUGUUGCAUUUGACCUGGAGUGGCCAGUAGACCGAGAGACAGGAAUAUAUGGCAGAGUUUCCCUUGUAUCAUUGGCAUAUGAUAAGGCCAUCUACCUUAUUCCGAUCAGUCAAUAUGUGCAAGACAAUGGAUUUCUGAAGCUGCCAUCAUCCCUUUUGGUAGUCUUGCGCUUGAAACGAGUCCGCAAAAUUGGUGUCCAAGUCAAAGCAGACUUAACUCGCCUAUACAAGGACUGUGGCUUCAAUGCUGAUUCCACGAAUGAACAGCCAUUCAUUGGUGCUCUCGAACUCGGGUCAAUGGCCAAGGAUCGAAAUGUGACGGAUCACAUGCGCGUCAGCCUUGCAGACUUAACAGCACUUGUGCUUCACCGAAAUCUGCCAAAGGACGCAUCUAUUCGAGUUAGCACAAAGUGGGAUGAUCCUGUGCUGUCACCAGAGCAAGAGAAAUAUGCCGCAUUGGACGUCUAUGCAGCUUCAGCUAUUUUCGAGUCUUUCUCGGCUAUCCCUUCUUGUGGUCCAGUGACAUUGUCAAUGCCAGUCAGCACCCAGGUUCAGCUCAUGUCACGAAAUGGAGGACUUGCAGUGGCAUAUGGCCACAUAGCUCGUCACCAGCCAAAACAGCUGGAUGGGGUAAAUGUAUCAAAAACUCGUAUUGUUAUCACUGUGACGUCCAUCCUUGUCCCUGCCUAUCUUGUUCGAGCAGAUCUGCGACCUAACCAUCAAGAAACCCCAAUUUCGAAUCUUGCUACUAAAUCACCCUUCCCGCUGCUGUGCUAUCAACGGGAUCUUCGAACAUGCACCAGAACCAGUGAGACAACACCGCAGAAUAGCACCAGAAUACUCCCAUCAUCACCAUAUGAGCCUCAUGAUUCACCUUAUCUUCAAGUUGACGAAAUCGAGGACUCGGAGCCUACAACAGACUUGGAUGUUGGCGAGUGGUUAUCACAUGACAGAGAUUCUGGUGUCCCAGAACAGUUGGCCAGUGACGCAGAAAAGGACCUGCAUGGGCUCUCUCAGAUUGAAUCACUCGUGGAACUUGUUUCCUGUAAUGUCACCAUUGAGAGCAAUGAAGUACGCUCUCGAGUUCUUGGGGAUAUCUGGCACCUCAUGGACCAGUUUAAAAUUUCCAUUCACCAUGGUCUCCACCGUCCUUUCAGCUGUGCCCUUCAAGAUGCUAUAUUCUUACCAGACCCUGUAGAUCUUGCUGCUGUCGAAGAAGUACUGAAAAAGAGGAACACAUGUUUUCGCCAGAUGGUCCUUACCAACUCGGACUGGGUGUGGCAGCGCAUCAAGCAGCUGGUUCCACCUCCAGAGAUAUUGGCACCUCAUGUCACUGAAGUACUGCAGACCUAUGGCCCACUGAAGGAUGCCGUGACUGGCCAGCCUCUUUUCAAUGAUGCAUCAUGGGAGAAAGCUCGUCUAGUCAUCGAGAACAUUAAAUUAGGUUACUACUCAGAUCCCCCAGGUCACCAUUUCUACACAUUGCAGAGAACGGACAAGCUCGGUCUCAACAUCUAUCGAUGCUCAUGUGGAACCAAUAAUGUUGAGGGCGGGAUUCAUCAGAACAUCAUCCGACGAUUUGGUUCAUUCAAUGCAUCACCCCAGUUGACCGUGAAUUUACUUCGCGACUACACAUUGACACAUAAUCUUGAGGUCGGCACCGUGAAUCGAACAGGAAAAAUCUAUCUCGGCUCUUAUGACAUCUGGACUCGCAACCAAAUUGCACUCCUUGUGGAUAUUACUGCCAGUGUGGUGCGGCCGUCAUACCAGGAGUGCGGUCAGGCGACUUGGCUCAAUGGAAAUGAUUUUGAGCCUGCAAACGAGUCAUUCAGCAUCCUACCUGUUGCUGCAGCCACUCGUGCCAAACUAGGAAUGAGUCAGUAUCGAGAUGACUAUGCAAAAGGUUGUAAGAUAAAGCAUGAAUACCUGGCGAGGCACCAGCAGACUCUUGUUGCUAUUCUGCCGAUCCAUACUGUGGAGGAGAAGGCUUUGUACCGCCUACUCAUCAAGAGUGUCACAGGUCAGUUUGCAGGGCGGAAGCAGCCAAACUGGGUAGCUCUUGCACAGGAGUGGCAGCAUCAUGCAAAUGGCACUCACAUAUUUUAUAAGGUGCAUAUAGCACCAUCCAUCGCCAGUCAUCCACAUGCUCAUUUCUUUCGCAAAGCUUCCUGAACAACUCAAGUCAUAUUAUAAGACCUGGAAUGAGCACCAAAAUGAGCAUAACUCAGUCGAGCAGAACAAUAGCGCUUACCUAGAGUUGCAAAAGCUUCUUGCAGCACCAGUUGGAAUGCCUGAAAUUACACCGGCUCCACGUCAGACGGUAGCCGAACAAGUUGAUGGCCAUCAGGCAUCAGCAAACGAGGAGCCAACUGACUGGCAGAUUAGCAUGAUGCUGGGUCGGAAUAGUUCCCGCCAGACCCUACUGCAGUUGCAGUACAGCGACCCUGCACUCCCAGGACCUCAUGGACAAAAGCGGCCUGC